AUGUAUAAGGUCCUGAGAGAGGAGAAACGUCGGUCCAGGAGAGGGGACAGAGGAGGGACAUCGGUCCAGGAGAGGGGACAGAGGAGGGAGGGCAGAGGGCGCCGGCUGGUGAAAGCCGGGGCGGCAGAGAGCGUGACGGCAAGGGCUUUCCACCGUGUCCACGCAGGGUGGCCGGGGAAUGGAGGUGACCGGUGUCAGGGCCAGGUGGAGCUCCUGUACCAAGGCUGCUGGGACACCGUGUGUGACGACAGCUGGGACGCCCGGGAUGCAGACGUUGUUUGCCCACAGCUCGGCUGUGGCCAUUCACUGCCGGCCCUGGGUGGGACCCAGGGACCCACCGGUCAGGGCUCAGGGGACGUUCUCGUGGGCACCGUGCACUGCUUGGGAAGGGAGCACCCCCUGCCCGCCCAGUUGCCCCACAGCGGGUGGUGCGACCGUGAACGUGGCCACGGGGAGCACGCUGGAGUCGGGCGCUCAGCUUCCCGGCCCCAGUCCACGCUCCUGCCAGAGCUCUGGGUGGUGUCCUUGUGCUGCCCUCUAGGGACCGAAUUGGGUUUGGCCCUGAGGCUGGUGAAUGGAGGUGACAGGUGUCAGGGCCGGGUGGAGGUCCUGUACCAAGGCUCCUGGGGCACCGUGUGUGACGACAGCUGGGACACAAACGACGCCGACGUGGUCUGCAGGCAGCUGGGCUGUGGCUGGGCCAUGUCAGCCCCAGGAAAUGCCCGGUACGGUCAGGGCUCAGGGCCGAUCGUCCUGGACGACGUGGGCUGCUCGGGGCACGAGACCUACCUGUGGAGCUGCCCUCACCGUGGCUGGAACACACACAACUGUGGACACAGCGAGGACGCCAGUGUCGUCUGCUCAGAUGCCAGGCCCCAGUCCACACUCCUGCCAGGAUCUGAAUCAGGUUUGGCCCUGAGGCUGGUGAAUGGAGGUGACAGGUGUCAGGGCCGGGUGGAGGUCCUGUACCGAGGCUCCUGGGGCACCGUGUGUGACGACAGCUGGGACACCAACGACGCCAACGUGGUCUGCAGGCAGUUGGGCUGUGGCCGGGCCACGUCGGCCCCAGGAAAUGCCCGGUACGGUCAGGGCUCAGGGCCGAUCGUCCUGGACGACGUGGGCUGCUCGGGGCACGAGACCUACCUGUGGAGCUGCCCUCACAGUGGCUGGAACACACACAACUGUGGACACAGCGAGGACGCCAGUGUCGUCUGCUCAGGUUGGUCUCAAAUAAGCUGCGUUCCUCCGGACCUCUUCCUUCGGAAGACACAGGCGAGUGCAUUUUCCUGUCUCCUUCCAGGAACUGAAUCAGAUUUGGCCCUGAGGCUGGUGAAUGGAAGUGACAUGUGUCAGGGCCGGGUGGAGGUCCUGUACCAAGGCUCCUGGGGCACCGUGUGUGAUGACAGCUGGGACACCAACGACGCCAACGUGGUCUGCAGGCAGCUGGGCUGUGGCUGGGCCAUGUCAGCCCCAGGAAAUGCCCAGUACGGUCAGGGCUCAGGGCCGAUCCUCCUGGACGACGUGGGCUGCUCGGGGCACGAGAGCUACCUGUGGAGCUGCCCUCACAACCCCUGGAACACACACAACUGUAGACACAGCGAGGACGCCAGUGUCGUCUGCUCAGACUCCAAGCCGGCGAGUGCAUUUUCCCGUCUCCUUCCAGGAUCUGAAUCAGGUUUGGCCCUGAGGCUGGUGAAUGGAGGUGACAGGUGUCAGGGCCGGGUGGAGGUCCUGUACCGAGGCUCCUGGGGCACCGUGUGUGACGACAGCUGGGACACCAACGACGCCAACGUGGUCUGCAGGCAGUUGGGCUGUGGCCGGGCCACGUCGGCCCCAGGAAAUGCCCGGUACGGACAGGGCUCAGGGCCGAUCGUCCUGGACGACGUGGGCUGUUCGGGGCACGAGACCUACCUGUGGAGCUGCCCUCACCGUGGCUGGAACACACACAACUGUGGACACAGCGAGGACGCCAGUGUCGUCUGCUCAGGUUGGUCUCAAAUAAGCUGCGUUCCUCCGGACCUCUUCCUUCGGAAGACACAGGCGAGUGCAUUUUCCCGUCUCCUUCCAGGAUCUGAAUCAGGUUUGGCCCUGAGGCUGGUGAAUGGAGGUGACAGGUGUCAGGGCCGGGUGGAGGUCCUGUACCGAGGCUCCUGGGGCACCGUGUGUGACGACAGCUGGGACACCAACGACGCCAACGUGGUCUGCAGGCAGUUGGGCUGUGGCCGGGCCACGUCGGCCCCAGGAAAUGCCCGGUACGGACAGGGCUCAGGGCCGAUCGUCCUGGACGACGUGGGCUGUUCGGGGCACGAGACCUACCUGUGGAGCUGCCCUCACCGUGGCUGGAACACACACAACUGUGGACACAGCGAGGACGCCAGUGUCGUCUGCUCAGGAUCUGAAUCAGGUUUGGCCCUGAGGCUGGUGAAUGGAGGUGACAGGUGUCAGGGCCGGGUGGAGGUCCUGUACCGAGGCUCCUGGGGCACCGUGUGUGACGACAGCUGGGACACCAACGACGCCAACGUGGUCUGCAGGCAGUUGGGCUGUGGCCGGGCCACGUCGGCCCCAGGAAAUGCCCGGUACGGACAGGGCUCAGGGCCGAUCGUCCUGGACGACGUGGGCUGUUCGGGGCACGAGACCUACCUGUGGAGCUGCCCUCACCGUGGCUGGAACACACACAACUGUGGACACAGCGAGGACGCCAGUGUCGUCUGCUCAGGUUGGUCUCAAAUAAGCUGCGUUCCUCCGGACCUCUUCCUUCGGAAGACACAGGCGAGUGCAUUUGCCCGUCUCCUUCCAGGAUCUGAAUCAGGUUUGGCCCUGAGGCUGGUGAAUGGAGGUGACAGGUGUCAGGGCCGGGUGGAGGUCCUGUACCGAGGCUCCUGGGGCACCGUGUGUGACGACAGCUGGGACACCAACGACGCCAACGUGGUCUGCAGGCAGUUGGGCUGUGGCCGGGCCACGUCGGCCCCAGGAAAUGCCCGGUACGGACAGGGCUCAGGGCCGAUCGUCCUGGACGACGUGGGCUGUUCGGGGCACGAGACCUACCUGUGGAGCUGCCCUCACCGUGGCUGGAACACACACAACUGUGGACACAGCGAGGACGCCAGUGUCGUCUGCUCAGGUUGGUCUCAAAUAAGCUGCGUUCCUCCGGACCUCUUCCUUCGGAAGACACAGGCGAGUGCAUUUGCCCGUCUCCUUCCAGGAUCUGAAUCAGGUUUGGCCCUGAGGCUGGUGAAUGGAGGUGACAGGUGUCAGGGCCGGGUGGAGGUCCUGUACCGAGGCUCCUGGGGCACCGUGUGUGACGACAGCUGGGACACCAACGACGCCAACGUGGUCUGCAGGCAGCUGGGCUGUGGCUGGGCCAUGUCAGCCCCAGGAAAUGCCCAGUACGGUCAGGGCUCAGGGCCGAUCCUCCUGGACGACGUGGGCUGCUCGGGGCACGAGAGCUACCUGUGGAGCUGCCCUCACAACCCCUGGAACACACACAACUGUAGACACAGCGAGGACGCCAGUGUCGUCUGCUCAGGUUGGUCUCAAAUAAGCUGCGUUCCUCCGGACCUCUUCCUUCGGAAGACACAGGCGAGUGCAUUUGCCCGUCUCCUUCCAGGAUCUGAAUCAGGUUUGGCCCUGAGGCUGGUGAAUGGAGGUGACAGGUGUCAGGGCCGGGUGGAGGUCCUGUACCGAGGCUCCUGGGGCACCGUGUGUGACGACAGCUGGGACACCAACGACGCCAACGUGGUCUGCAGGCAGUUGGGCUGUGGCCGGGCCACGUCGGCCCCAGGAAGUGCCCGGUACGGUCAGGGCUCAGGGCCGAUCGUCCUGGACGACGUGGGCUGCUCGGGGCACGAGACCUACCUGUGGAGCUGCCCUCACAGUGGCUGGAACACACACAACUGUGGACACAGCGAGGACGCCAGUGUCGUCUGCUCAGGUUGGUCUCAAAUAAGCUGCGUGUCCCUCUCUGGGGAUGCCAGGCCCCAGUCCACGCUCCUGCCAGGAUCUGAAUCAGGUUUGGCCCUGAGGCUGGUGAAUGGAGGUGACAGGUGUCAGGGCCGGGUGGAGGUCCUGUACCGAGGCUCCUGGGGCACCGUGUGUGACGACAGCUGGGACACCAACGACGCCAACGUGGUCUGCAGGCAGUUGGGCUGUGGCCGGGCCACGUCGGCCCCAGGAAAUGCCCGGUACGGUCAGGGCUCAGGGCCGAUCGUCCUGGACGACGUGGGCUGCUCGGGGCACGAGACCUACCUGUGGAGCUGCCCUCACCGUGGCUGGAACACACACAACUGUGGACACAGCGAGGACGCCAGUGUCGUCUGCUCAGGUUGGUCUCAAAUAAGCUGCGUUCCUCCGGACCUCUUCCUUCGGAAGACACAGGCGAGUGCAUUUGCCCGUCUCCUUCCAGGAUCUGAAUCAGGUUUGGCCCUGAGGCUGGUGAAUGGAGGUGACAGGUGUCAGGGCCGGGUGGAGGUCCUGUACCGAGGCUCCUGGGGCACCGUGUGUGACGACAGCUGGGACACCAACGACGCCAACGUGGUCUGCAGGCAGUUGGGCUGUGGCCGGGCCACGUCGGCCCCAGGAAAUGCCCGGUACGGUCAGGGCUCAGGGCCGAUCGUCCUGGACGACGUGGGCUGCUCGGGGCACGAGACCUACCUGUGGAGCUGCCCUCACAGUGGCUGGAACACACACAACUGUGGACACAGCGAGGACGCCAGUGUCGUCUGCUCAGGUUGGUCUCAAAUAAGCUGCGUUCCUCCGGACCUCUUCCUUCGGAAGACACAGGCGAGUGCAUUUGCCCGUCUCCUUCCAGGAUCUGAAUCAGGUUUGGCCCUGAGGCUGGUGAAUGGAGGUGACAGGUGUCAGGGCCGGGUGGAGGUCCUGUACCGAGGCUCCUGGGGCACCGUGUGUGACGACAGCUGGGACACCAACGACGCCAACGUGGUCUGCAGGCAGUUGGGCUGUGGCCGGGCCACGUCGGCCCCAGGAAAUGCCCGGUACGGUCAGGGCUCAGGGCCGAUCGUCCUGGACGACGUGGGCUGCUCGGGGCACGAGACCUACCUGUGGAGCUGCCCUCACAGUGGCUGGAACACACACAACUGUGGACACAGCGAGGACGCCAGUGUCGUCUGCUCAGGUUGGUCUCAAAUAAGCUGCGUUCCUCCGGACCUCUUCCUUCGGAAGACACAGGCGAGUGCAUUUUCCUGUCUCCUUCCAGGAACUGAAUCAGGUUUGGCCCUGAGGCUGGUGAAUGGUAGUGACAUGUGUCAGGGCCGGGUGGAGGUCCUGUACCAAGGCUCCUGGGGCACCGUGUGUGACGACAGCUGGGACACCAACGACGCCAACGUGGUCUGCAGGCAGCUGGGCUGUGGCUGGGCCAUGUCAGCCCCAGGAAAUGCCCAGUACGGUCAGGGCUCAGGGCCGAUCCUCCUGGACGACGUGGGCUGCUCGGGGCACGAGACCUACCUGUGGAGCUGCCCUCACAGUGGCUGGAACACACACAACUGUGGACACAGCGAGGACGCCAGUGUCGUCUGCUCAGGAUCUGAAUCAGGUUUGGCCCUGAGGCUGGUGAAUGGAGGUGACAGGUGUCAGGGCCGGGUGGAGGUCCUGUACCGAGGCUCCUGGGGCACCGUGUGUGACGACAGCUGGGACACCAACGACGCCAACGUGGUCUGCAGGCAGUUGGGCUGUGGCCGGGCCACGUCGGCCCCAGGAAAUGCCCGGUACGGUCAGGGCUCAGGGCCGAUCGUCCUGGACGACGUGGGCUGCUCGGGGCACGAGACCUACCUGUGGAGCUGCCCUCACAGUGGCUGGAACACACACAACUGUGGACACAGCGAGGACGCCAGUGUCGUCUGCUCAGGUUGGUCUCAAAUAAGCUGCGUUCCUCCGGACCUCUUCCUUCGGAAGACACAGGCGAGUGCAUUUGCCCGUCUCCUUCCAGGAUCUGAAUCAGGUUUGGCCCUGAGGCUGGUGAAUGGAGGUGACAGGUGUCAGGGCCGGGUGGAGGUCCUGUACCGAGGCUCCUGGGGCACCGUGUGUGACGACAGCUGGGACACCAACGACGCCAACGUGGUCUGCAGGCAGUUGGGCUGUGGCCGGGCCACGUCGGCCCCAGGAAAUGCCCGGUACGGUCAGGGCUCAGGGCCGAUCGUCCUGGACGACGUGGGCUGCUCGGGGCACGAGACCUACCUGUGGAGCUGCCCUCACAGUGGCUGGAACACACACAACUGUGGACACAGCGAGGACGCCAGUGUCGUCUGCUCAGGUUGGUCUCAAAUAAGCUGCGUUCCUCCGGACCUCUUCCUUCGGAAGACACAGGCGAGUGCAUUUGCCCGUCUCCUUCCAGGAUCUGAAUCAGGUUUGGCCCUGAGGCUGGUGAAUGGAGGUGACAGGUGUCAGGGCCGGGUGGAGGUCCUGUACCGAGGCUCCUGGGGCACCGUGUGUGACGACAGCUGGGACACCAACGACGCCAACGUGGUCUGCAGGCAGUUGGGCUGUGGCCGGGCCACGUCGGCCCCAGGAAAUGCCCGGUACGGUCAGGGCUCAGGGCCGAUCGUCCUGGACGACGUGGGCUGCUCGGGGCACGAGACCUACCUGUGGAGCUGCCCUCACAGUGGCUGGAACACACACAACUGUGGACACAGCGAGGACGCCAGUGUCGUCUGCUCAGGUUGGUCUCAAAUAAGCUGCGUUCCUCCGGACCUCUUCCUUCGGAAGACACAGGCGAGUGCAUUUGCCCGUCUCCUUCCAGGAUCUGAAUCAGGUUUGGCCCUGAGGCUGGUGAAUGGAGGUGACAGGUGUCAGGGCCGGGUGGAGGUCCUGUACCGAGGCUCCUGGGGCACCGUGUGUGACGACAGCUGGGACACCAACGACGCCAACGUGGUCUGCAGGCAGUUGGGCUGUGGCCGGGCCACGUCGGCCCCAGGAAAUGCCCGGUACGGUCAGGGCUCAGGGCCGAUCGUCCUGGACGACGUGGGCUGCUCGGGGCACGAGACCUACCUGUGGAGCUGCCCUCACAGUGGCUGGAACACACACAACUGUGGACACAGCGAGGACGCCAGUGUCGUCUGCUCAGGUUGGUCUCAAAUAAGCUGCGUUCCUCCGGACCUCUUCCUUCGGAAGACACAGGCGAGUGCAUUUGCCCGUCUCCUUCCAGGAUCUGAAUCAGGUUUGGCCCUGAGGCUGGUGAAUGGAGGUGACAGGUGUCAGGGCCGGGUGGAGGUCCUGUACCGAGGCUCCUGGGGCACCGUGUGUGACGACAGCUGGGACACCAACGACGCCAACGUGGUCUGCAGGCAGUUGGGCUGUGGCCGGGCCACGUCGGCCCCAGGAAAUGCCCGGUACGGUCAGGGCUCAGGGCCGAUCGUCCUGGACGACGUGGGCUGCUCGGGGCACGAGACCUACCUGUGGAGCUGCCCUCACAGUGGCUGGAACACACACAACUGUGGACACAGCGAGGACGCCAGUGUCGUCUGCUCAGGUUGGUCUCAAAUAAGCUGCGUUCCUCCGGACCUCUUCCUUCGGAAGACACAGGCGAGUGCAUUUGCCCGUCUCCUUCCAGGAUCUGAAUCAGGUUUGGCCCUGAGGCUGGUGAAUGGAGGUGACAGGUGUCAGGGCCGGGUGGAGGUCCUGUACCGAGGCUCCUGGGGCACCGUGUGUGACGACAGCUGGGACACCAACGACGCCAACGUGGUCUGCAGGCAGUUGGGCUGUGGCCGGGCCACGUCGGCCCCAGGAAAUGCCCGGUACGGUCAGGGCUCAGGGCCGAUCGUCCUGGACGACGUGGGCUGCUCGGGGCACGAGACCUACCUGUGGAGCUGCCCUCACAGUGGCUGGAACACACACAACUGUGGACACAGCGAGGACGCCAGUGUCGUCUGCUCAGGUUGGUCUCAAAUAAGCUGCGUUCCUCCGGACCUCUUCCUUCGGAAGACACAGGCGAGUGCAUUUGCCCGUCUCCUUCCAGGAUCUGAAUCAGGUUUGGCCCUGAGGCUGGUGAAUGGAGGUGACAGGUGUCAGGGCCGGGUGGAGGUCCUGUACCGAGGCUCCUGGGGCACCGUGUGUGACGACAGCUGGGACACCAACGACGCCAACGUGGUCUGCAGGCAGUUGGGCUGUGGCCGGGCCACGUCGGCCCCAGGAAAUGCCCGGUACGGUCAGGGCUCAGGGCCGAUCGUCCUGGACGACGUGGGCUGCUCGGGGCACGAGACCUACCUGUGGAGCUGCCCUCACAGUGGCUGGAACACACACAACUGUGGACACAGCGAGGACGCCAGUGUCGUCUGCUCAGGUUGGUCUCAAAUAAGCUGCGUUCCUCCGGACCUCUUCCUUCGGAAGACACAGGCGAGUGCAUUUGCCCGUCUCCUUCCAGGAUCUGAAUCAGGUUUGGCCCUGAGGCUGGUGAAUGGAGGUGACAGGUGUCAGGGCCGGGUGGAGGUCCUGUACCGAGGCUCCUGGGGCACCGUGUGUGACGACAGCUGGGACACCAACGACGCCAACGUGGUCUGCAGGCAGUUGGGCUGUGGCCGGGCCACGUCGGCCCCAGGAAAUGCCCGGUACGGUCAGGGCUCAGGGCCGAUCGUCCUGGACGACGUGGGCUGCUCGGGGCACGAGACCUACCUGUGGAGCUGCCCUCACAGUGGCUGGAACACACACAACUGUGGACACAGCGAGGACGCCAGUGUCGUCUGCUCAGGAACUGAAUCAGGUUUGGCCCUGAGGCUGGUGAAUGGAGGUGACAGGUGUCAGGGCCGGGUGGAGGUCCUGUACCGAGGCUCCUGGGGCACCGUGUGUGAUGACAGCUGGGACACCAACGACGCCAACGUGGUCUGCAGGCAGCUGGGCUGUGGCCGGGCCACGUCAGCCCCAGGAAAUGCCCGGUACGGUCAGGGCUCAGGGCCGAUCGUCCUGGACGACGUGGGCUGCUCGGGGCACGAGACCUACCUGUGGAGCUGCCCUCACAGUGGCUGGAACACACACAACUGUGGACACAGCGAGGACGCCAGUGUCGUCUGCUCAGGUUGGUCUCAAAUAAGCUGCGUGUCCCUCUCUGGGGAUUGGUGGCGUCCAUCAACUCCAACCACGGAAAGCCCCUCUUCAAGUUGUGGCGGCUUCUUAUUCAGUGCCAGUGGGACAUUUUCCAGCCCAUCCUACCCUGGAUACUACCCCAACAAUGCCAACUGUGUCUGGGAAAUACAAGUGAACUCCAGCUACCUCAUCAACCUGGGCUUCAAUAGUCUGCAGUUGGAGAUGCACAGUAGUUGCAGGUUUGAUUAUGUUGAAAUCUUUGAUGGAUCAUUGAGCAGCAAUGUUUCGCUGAGGAAAAUUUGUAAUUACACCAGGGAUAUAUUCACCUCUUCUUACAACCGAAUGACUAUUCGAUUUCGAAGUGAUGUCAGUAUCCAAAACACCGGCUUUUCCGCUUGGUAUAACUCCUUUCCAAGAGACGCCAGCUUGAGAUUGGUCAAUUGGAACUCCUCCCGUCCUGCAUGUGCCGGGCGUGUGGAAAUUUACCACGGUGGCCAGUGGGGAACAGUGUGUGAUGAUAACUGGGGCAUUCAGGAUGCCCAGGUGGUGUGCAGACAGCUGGGGUGUGGCUAUGCAGUAUCAGCCCCAGGAAACGCCUAUUUUGGCUCCGGCUCUGGCCCCAUCACCUUGGAUGACGUGGAGUGCUCAGGGGUGGAAUCUAACCUCUGGCAGUGCCGGAACCGAGGCUGGUUCUCCCAUAACUGUGCCCACCGCGAAGACGCUGGGGUCAUUUGCACAGGAACCUAUACAACCACACCUGAUCCUGUUUACAACCUCACCCGCCCAGCCACAAAUUACACCUGCGGAGGCUUCCUGUCCCAAUCUUCAGGGAGCUUCUUCAGCCCAUUCUACCCUGGGAACUAUCCGAACAACGCCAAGUGUGUGUGGGACAUUGAGGUUCAAAACAACUACCGUGUGACUGUGGUCUUCAGAGAUGUCCAGCUUGAAGGCGGCUGUAACUACGAUUAUAUUGAAGUGUUUGACGGCCCUUACCACAGUUCCCCUCUGCUCGCCCGGGUUUGUGAUGGGGCAAGGGGCUCCUUCACCUCGUCAUCCAACUUCAUGUCCAUUCGCUUCAUCAGCGAUGGCAGCGUCAUGAAGAGAGGGUUCCAGGCUGACUACUACUCCAGUCUUUUCAAUGGGAACACAAAGCUGCUUUGCCUGCAGAAUCACAUGCGAGCCAGCGUGAGCGUGGGCUACCUCCGGUUCCUGGGCUACUCUGCCAGAGACCUUGUCAUUCCCGGCUGGAACAGGAACUACCAGUGUCAGCCCCAGAUUACUUCGAGCCAGGUGACCUUCACAGUUCCCUACUCCGGCUGUGGCACCACCCAGCAGGUGGAUAAUGAUACCAUCACCUACUCCAACUUCCUCAAAGCAGCUGUUUCGAGUGGCAUCAUCAAGAGGAGGAAGGACCUCCACAUUCACAUCAGCUGCAAAAUGCUCCAGAACACCUGGGUUAACACGAUGUACAUUGCUAAUGACACCCUCGAGGUCAAGAACAUACAAUACAGCAAUUUUGACGUGAACAUUUCCUUUUAUACAUCCUCUUCAUUCUUAUAUCCCGUGACCAGCAGCCCAUACUAUGUGGACCUGAACCAGGAUUUGUACCUUCAGGCUGAAGUCUUCCAUUCUAACGCCUCCCUGGCCUUAUUUGUGGACACCUGUGUGGCGUCACCACAUCGCAAUGACUUUACAUCUUUGACUUAUGAUCUCAUCCGGAGUGGGUGUGUGAAGGAUGAAACCUACCGAUCCUACCGCCAGCCCUCACCCAACGUCCUCCGCUUCAAGUUCAGUUCCUUCCACUUCCUGAGCCGCUUCCCUUCCGUGUACCUGCAGUGCAAGAUGGUCGUGUGCAGGGCGUACGAUGCCUCGUCCCGCUGCAGCAGAGGCUGCAUUGUGAGGGCCAAGAGGGGCGUGGGCUCCUACCAGGAGAAGGUGGAUGUCGCCCUGGGACCCAUCCUGCUGCAGGUCCCGCACGCUGAGAAGAGGAGCCUGGACCGGCCAGAGGUUGACCUGGAAGAGGAGGCCAGCGCCCAGGGGAGCUACCACAGUGCCACCAUCCUUGCUGGGGUCUUCCUGGUUGUGCUCUUGGCUGUAGCAGCCUUCGCAUUGGGGAGGAGCACCCGUGCUGCCCGUGGCCAGCCUCUGAGCUCUAGGAUGUGA